AUGGUGAAGAAUGCAAACUGUCCUAGGAAUCAAUGUCUUGUAAAGAAACAAUGUGAUGGUCUACAUGAGUACAGUAUACGUGUGGAUGAAACUUUGUUCUCGAGUAGCGGAUGUCCUGGUUUGAAAACGUAUCUUUAUUUUGAAUAUCACUGUGUAGAUACUGUAAAAACCUUCAAACGGCCUUGUGCUCAUGAUGUGACCUUAUCACAUUCAUCUCUACCUUUCAAAGGUGUUGUUCAAAUUAGCACUGACAGUGGAACAGUGGAUGUUUGCUGGAAGAGUUUAAAGAAGUACCCAGAUUCUCGUAUCCUAUGUCGUAGUCUUGGUUACGACGAGCUAAAUUCAUUUGUUAAUGUGCCUGUCCCAGCGGAUUUCAAAGAUGCUGUUUUUUCAGGAACAUUUACCUGUAGUGAUCGAGAAAAAUCUUUAUCCCAGUGUUUGAUUGUUGCUUCCAACCAGACCUGUUCCGAGCUAACAUACAUCGAAUGUGGUUUUCGUGAUUAUUUUAUCUUUCGGGACAACUUCAGUCCAUUGUUAGCUACAGAUAAAAAAGGAUUUCCUGAUUCAUCAUUUUCUGCCUCUGCUUCUGUGAAAGGUCACAAUCCUUUCGAUGCAAGGAUAUCUAGCGGAAGCUCCUGGUGUGCUCCUGUUUCGGAUGCAAAGCAUUAUCUUCAAGUGGACCUGGGAACGCUGUAUUGGUUAUUUCAUAUGAUAACGUAUGGUGAUAGCACUAGUCCAAAAUGGGUCGCCACGUAUAACUUAAAUCAUAGUUCUGAUUUGGUCAGCUGGAAAGCGUAUAGGUCCAGGAUAUUUCAAGGAAAUAAAAAUGCAUACCAUCAUGCAGCUAUUGCUGUGAGAGAUUUUUUCCACUUUGGACUUUCGCUUGGUAUAAGAGGUUUACGGUUUAUUCCCUUAGCAUAUGUUGGUCAGCCAUGCAUGAGAGUCGAGACUAGUGGAUUCGCUGUGCUGCCAUACAAACCUCGAAAUUUAACAGCCAAUAACAUCACGUCUCGAAGUGUUGAUGUAUCUUGGCUAGAUCCUGAAAAUCCUAAUGAUAAAGGUUCAUGGGUGCGACGUGUUUCUCGAUUUUUCAUUAUUCUCACGAAAGAUAACUCGCCUAUUCUAAACAUCACCACGGAUAAAUCUGUUCAUAAAUAUGAAAUAGACAGUCUUAUUCCGUUAACUACGUAUGAAAUAUCGGUCUCUGCUGGUAAUCACUAUGGUUACGGUAAAAAGGCGAUAAUUCUGUUCUCAACAUCCGAAGAAGCACCAAUGGGUCCUCCGAUGAACAUCAAAGCAACAUCAAGAAGUGCAUCAUCGUUGCUUCUUGUCUGGGCUCCUCCAGAGAAAAAUAAACAAAAUGGCGUCAUUACCAAUUAUACUGCGUGCCUUUCACAGUCAGAAAAUGGAUCUUGCUUUCAAACAUUCAUCACAAGUGAAAGAGAGUGGCUUGUAGGGAAUCUGAAUCCAGCAACAAAAUAUUAUUUUGGUGUUCUGGCCAGUAACAAAGCUGGAAGCAGUAACUACACCAAUACGAAAGGAAUUAUAACGAAUGGACGAGCAGUGAAGAAGGCAAUUGGAGCAACACCAAAUACACUUAACUUUUCAUUGGAAAUUCCUACAAUAACGUUCGAGCGUUUCUAUGUGGUGGCUUGGAAAGUGAAAGACAACGAAAAGCCUUUAUCAUCCGACCGCUACGAGGACGAUGAAUUGGUGAUGUUUGCCGAAGCUGAAAAUUCAACCAAUCCACAACCGUAUAUCGCCGCAGUAUUCUCGUCCAGCAAUAUUCUGGAAAACAUGUUUGUACUUGGUGAUGGCAGAAGUACAAGCGAUUCAACAAGUGAUACUUCGGGCUUCAAAGAAUAUUUUAAUGCUCCGCUGGAGCCUGGCACUCGUUACAUUAUUUUUCAAAGGAUUAUAAUCAAUGACAAGGGAGAUUAUUACUCGACUGACUGGAGUCCUGUUUCACAAACGACAAAUCAUCCAGUUCAAGUUUCAAGCACGACGUCAGAGGGAAAUGAUGCUGGUUCUAAAGUUUAUUUUGUCGGGAUGAUUGUAUUGAUAAUUCUCCUGAUUGCUUCGUUUGUAAUCAUUGCCUAUUUGGUUUAUCAAAAUCGUAGACUCAGAUCACGAAACACUUCGGGCAGAAGUACAAACGAGGGUGGAAAUAAUUCGAACGAUAUUUAUGAUGCUCCAGAAACCAGUAAUGCAAAUAUUCACGACCGCGUGGACGAUGAUCAGGCGACGUAUACUGAACUUCAAAAGAGGGAAAGUGAUGAUCACUUAUACUGUCACCUAAAUAAAGUACAAAAAAACAACGUGGAAAAAGAGAAACGAGGUAGAAACUCACAAGGUGUUUCCAGUUGUUGA